CGCCGGCGCAGUGGGAGAUUGGGCAAGAUGGCGGCGGGGCCAGUUUGGAGAGAGAGCUGGGUGAUGCUGUAAGACACUCAGAGAGACAUACAGCAGUGACACUGCUAGAAGAAGCUGCGGUAGCCAGUGAUAGGCGUACGACACAACGGAACAGGCAAGGGGUCACAGCGAAGCUAACCCACACACACCGCCAGACCCGGGGAGGCGACCGGACAGUGCGGGACACAUGAGCCGGAGCAGUCCCCGGGAACCACCGGUAGCGGCGGCGGAGACAGUCGGGGGCCCCUGAGGGCCAGUACUCAGGAUGAAGUUCGCAGAGCACCUCUCUGCCCAUAUUACCCCCGAGUGGAGAAAGCAGUACAUCCAAUAUGAGGCUUUCAAAGAGAUGCUAUAUGCGGCCCAAGAUCAAGCCCCAUCAGUAGAAGUAACUGAUGAGGAUACAGUAAAGCGAUACUUUGCCAAGUUUGAAGAAAAAUUCUUCCAGACCUGUGAGAAGGAACUUGCCAAAAUAAAUACCUUUUAUUCAGAAAAGUUGGCAGAAGCUCAGCGACGCUCGGCUACCUUACAAAAUGAGCUUCAGUCCUCCCUGGAUGCACAGAAAGAGAGCAGAGCGCCAGGCCUCCGGCAGCGGCGAAAGGCCGUAUUCACCCUGUCGCAUGAGGAGCGAGUCCAACAUAGGAACAUCCGUGACCUGAAACUGGCCUUCAGCGAGUUCUAUCUGAGCCUUAUUCUGCUGCAAAACUACCAGAAUCUGAAUUUCACUGGCUUCCGCAAAAUUCUAAAGAAACAUGAUAAGAUCCUGGAGACGAGUCGCGGAGCGGACUGGCGCGUGGCUCACGUGGAAGUGGCGCCAUUUUACACAUGCAAGAAAAUCAAUCAAUUGAUCUCGGAAACUGAGGCGGUGGUGACCAAUGAGUUGGAAGCCGGGGACAGACAGAAAGCUAUGAAACGUUUGCGUGUGCCACCCCUUGGAGCUGCCCAGCCUGCACCAGCAUGGACAACUUUCCGAGUGGGACUGUACUUCGGGGUCUUUAUUGUACUGAAUUUGGCUGUUGUUAUCACUGGUGCCAUUAAGCUUCAAGGUUUAAAUGUGUGGCCCAUGGUGAGGAUUUACAGGGGGGGCUUUCUGUUGGUGGAGUUUCUCUUUCUCUUGGGAAUCAAUACAUAUGGUUGGAGACAAGCCGGUGUCAAUCAUGUCCUAAUCUUUGAACUCAACCCCCGGAAUAACCUCUCCCAUCAGCACCUCUUUGAGAUUGCAGGCUUCCUUGGGAUGCUGUGGUGUCUCAGUCUGUUGUCCUGUAUCUUUGGAUCCUACAUCAAUGUGUACAUGCAGGUGAAUCCUCUCAUGCUGUAUGGCUUCAUGCUGCUCUUCCUUGUCAAUCCCACUAAGACCUUCUACUACAAAUCUCGGUUCUGGCUUCUCAAACUGCUGUUCCGGGUAUUCACAGCGCCCUUCCACAAAGUUGAAUUUGCAGAUUUCUGGCUGGCUGAUCAACUCAAUAGUCUGGCUGUCAUCCUCAUGGACCUGGAGUUCAUGAUCUGCUUCUACAGCUUUGAGCUGGACUGGGAUUCACCAACCGGACUAAUCCACGAAGGUACUGGCAUAUGUAACACAUAUUCCUAUGGCGUGCGCGCUGUGGUUCAGUGUAUUCCUGCCUGGCUGCGCUUUAUCCAGUGCCUGCGGCGAUACCGAGACACCAAGAGAGCAUUCCCUCAUCUAGUCAAUGCCGGCAAAUACUCCACUACCUUCUUCAUGGUCACAUUUGGUGCUCUUUACAGUACCCACAAAGACCGUCAUCACAGUGAUUUUCAGGUGUUUUUCUACCUUUGGAUUAUCUCCUAUUUUGUCAGUUCCUGUUACACGCUUAUAUGGGAUUUGAAGAUGGAUUGGGGACUGUUUGACCGCAACGCAGGGGAGAAUACUUUCCUCCGGGAAGAAAUUGUGUACCCGCAAAAGGCAUAUUACUAUUGUGCAAUUAUACAAGAUGUAAUUCUCCGUUUCGCCUGGACCAUUCAGAUAUCUCUCACCACAUUAAAUCUCUUCCAAGAUGCUGGUGAUAUCAUCUCCACCAUACUUGCGCCACUUGAGGUCUUCCGCCGCUUUGUGUGGAACUUCUUCCGUCUGGAGAACGAGCACCUAAAUAACUGUGGUGAGUUCCGUGCCGUGCGUGAUAUUUCUGUGGCACCAAUGAACGCAGACGACCAAACCCUGCUGGAGCAGAUGAUGGAUCAAGAGGAUGGUGUGAAAAACCGAGCCAAGAGCAAGACCUGGAAACGCAGCCAGAGCAUUUCCCUUCGCAGACCCCGCUUGUCAUCACAGAGUAAGGCACGAGAUGCUAAGAUCCUGAUUGAUGACACUGACGAUGAAGCAAACACAUGAACUGUCUGACACAAUCAAAGUCCAGCCUUGGAGCAUUUCUAUCAGGCUGUCACCUCCCCACCAUUUUGGCUUAUCUUUGUCCUCUCUUCACCCCCCGCCGUCGCUGGGUUGGCCAUUUGCACGCUCGCCUUCCCCAGCCUAUUAUUUUUCAAUCUACGGACAGAGAGAGCUACGGACAGCCCUUUCCUCACCUGAGGCUACCAAAAUGGAAAGGACUCUCGGGAAGCUAAAGGGGAGUUUCCAACAAACACCCCAGUCCCAAACUACUUAAUCUCUUGCCUGAUUCUAAACGGACUUCAAUUAACUGACUUUUGCUUUUUUUUUUGCGCUGUGGUGCCACAUAUGCCGGCCCUUGCUGGUAAUGUUCUCUUUUUUCACAGCUGCUAUUUUCUUUGUCUUACAUCCCUUUACUUACCGCAGUUCUCUGCACCCCAACACAUUUUGUUUGCAAAAGCAUCAUGGAUAUUUGUGUUCCCACCCCCCAGCAGUGCUGGAUGGGGUCCCAAUGUUAAAGGGGCUGGGGGAGUGACCGACGUAUGAGGGGGCGCAUUCCCUUCAUUUACACCUUAAACAAUCCUUUGUUUUAAACCAAA